AUGCCGUCCGCGGUAGACGUACAGUCCAAGGAUGCGCGCGCCGUCCAGGAGAAGCACCUCGACCUCACGGCAAAGUACAAGACCCAUCUGCCGCAGGUCGAACAGUUGCUCGCCACGGCACGCUCGCAGAUCCUCGACGAUGUGACGCACCAGCUCCAGCUCAACGACGAGGGCAAGGCGCGUGUCCUCGCCUACCUCGCCGACUUUGCCAACAUGUUCCGCUUCUAUCGCCGCUCGCGCUACGACCACGACCAGGCCAUCUCGCUGCUCACCGCCACCAUCCUCUGGCGCAUGCGCACCGACCUCGACCUGCUCUCCCUCGCCUCGCUCAAUCCGCUCUACGUCACACCGCCCGCGCCCAACCCGCCGCUCUUCUGGGUCAACUCCGGUUUCCGCGACUUGUACGGCAGACCGUGCGGCAUCAUCAAUCUGCGCUCCGUCGAGCGCACCGCCGAAAACACGCUCGACCAGCUCAAGGAGUACAUCGUCGCGUGCAUGGAGAUGAUGCGUCGCUACGUCGCCGACCUCUACCGCUCCACCAACGCCGAUACCAACACGCACACCGUGCUCCAGGCCAGCAUCGCCGUCGACCUUGCCUCGAGCGGCAUGGCCAACCUCGAGCUGGAGCUGCUCCCCUUCCUGCUCGACCUGCUCAAGAACCACGUGCCCGGCAUGGUCGGCGCCGUCUACGUGCUCAACUACGGCUGGGUCCACGCCGGCAUGUGGGCCGUCAUCAAGCGCGUCCUCCCGCAGCAGGCGCUUGCCAAGAUCUUCUUCCCCUCGUACGCUGAGCUCAAGGACCACUUUGAGCCGCGCUGCAUCCCCGCCUGCUACGGCGGAGAGCUCGACGUCCAGGUCGAGGCGGCCACCAACGACGUGCUGCGCAAGUACGGCCGUCCGCGUCGCGUGUCGUCCGCCUCGCUCAGCUCGCCGCCCCCGAGCCCUGGCGUCGGCAAGCAUCUGAGCCGCACCAGCUCGUACGAGAGCAUCUACGAGGUCUUCUACAGCGCCGACUCGACGCCCUGGGCGAGCCGAUCCAUGACGCCGCGCCACAGCGAGCCCUCGACGCCGCGUGGCGACGCACGCGCCAAGCACAGCCUCAGCAUGACGCCCAGCGCCGCACGCAAGCUCCGCCACCUCCAGAUGUCGCGCGGCGACCUCUCGAAUGCCGCCGAAGACGCGCACGACCCCAGCGUCCGCGUAGCGGGCAGGUCGCGAUCAGGCUCGGCGUCCGACACGCGCAUUGUCGACGGCCGCGCGGUGGGGCUCAGUGUCAAUACAGCCACUUCGCCGUUUGUCACGCCCAUGAUGACCCCUGCUGCCAGUCCGCGUCUGGUGCGCAGCCGUGCGGACCGCCACGUGCGCUUCUCCAACGACCGCGACCGCUCCGCUUCCCCCCAACGCCGUGUGGGUGGCACCGCGAGCUUCACGCUCUACCUGCCGCACGACGAAGAGGCGGUGCUGCCGUCCGAGAGCGAAGAGAGCGAUGCCAGCGGCAAGGAUGGCGAGGUGGCGCCCGUCGACGCCCAAGCCUCGGGCGGGCUGUUGCAUCGUCUGCGCCGCCUGAGCGAGACGCGCUUUACCAAGGGCAAGCAGCCGCAACACGGCCACGACGACGAUGACGAGGGCGAGCGCAAAGACGGCGACGGCACGGUGAUGUACAUCGAGCCGGCGUCGCCGCGGCUGCAGGUGGAGCAUCUGGACGAGCCGCCGCUGCAGCACGUGCCGCACACGUUCCUCUCGCACCGCACCCGCCGCUCGGCACGCGACGGUCUCGUGUCGCCGUACAAUGCCAACAACCCCUUCUUUGGCUAUCCGGCCUUCACGCCCGGUGCGCCCACCUUCCGGCUCGACCGCAGCGCCACGCCGCAGCAUCUGCACCAGCGUCGACGCAAGCGCGAUCUGCUGCGUACGCUCACGUAUCUGUUUGUGCUGCGCAUCCUCGCGUUCCACCGGCGGCUGCGCUGGCGUCUCUCGCUCGUAUGGCGCGAGGUGGCACGCACGUUGGCUGUCGGUGCGCACAACGCCGACGGCGACGACUUCUGGCGCAAGCUCGAUGCGAGCAGGCUCAGCGCGCUCCCGCCCAGCCACGCGGGCACCAAGCGCGACUCGGCACAAGGUGGCGCGCGCGGAAAGGCGCUGGUAAGCGUCGCACAAAAGAUGCUCGGUGCCGCGGCGCUGGUGAUGCUGCUCAGGCCCGAGAUGCGCCGCCGUGCAGUCACGCAGGUGUACGCCGCGGUGGGUGCGAGCUGGACGCGCGAUCCAGCCGCCACGGGUGUCGACUGGGACGAGUGGGAGAAGCGUAGUGCUGCCAAGCCGACGCCCUCGCAUUCGUACACAGGUCUGCAUGUGCGACAGCGUCUUCUCGGCAAGGCCUCAACCGAGACUGGGGUUAAGACGCAUGCUGGUGGACAGCCGGGCAAGGGACGUUCGCGGUACACGCCGCUAGCUGUUGCGGGCGGAGUGGUAUCCGCCGCAUCGCUCGCCUACCUUCUCUACACCUAUCUGUCGUCCUCUUCGGGCAAAGACGAUGACGAUGUAGCGGAGCGCCGCUCGUCUCCGCGACCUUCUUCUUCGCGCAGUCCACGUCCGAGUCUGUCGCUGAGCUUGUCAUCGAGCUUCACGCGAGACGCAGCGUCGAUCUCAUCGCUGCGUACGCUGCUGGUCGCGCUCGCACCCGAGUUCAUCGUGCACCUCAUCGUGCCUGGCUCGUCUGCCGAUCUGACCGCAUCGAUCCAGGCGCUCACAUCGUCAUUGGGGGCGAUCCCGGAUUUCGAUGCACGCCGGGUGCUCGAGUACUCGCAGGGCGGGGCGAGGUUUGCGCUCGCGCGCGCCCUCGCAUGCGACUGCCACCUCGACCUUGCCCUCCCCGGCUCGCGCGAGCCCGCGACGGCGACGGAACUCGCCAAGAUCACCCGCACCGCGCUCGUGGUCUUCGCCAGCCUCGACCCUGCAUCGGCGAGCGAAGGCGGGGGCGCACACGUCGUCGCUGAGCUCAGGCGCGCCGCCCCGGACGGCCGCAACGCCCCCAACGGCAUGCGCGUCUUCGACCUCGGCCAGAGCAGCGAUGCGUGGCGAGAGGUGGCCGAACGCAUGCACCAGCUGAGAUCGGCUUGGAGCUGA